AUCAAAUUUGUAGCAAGAAAAAAGACAUAGUCGCACAUUAAGUGUUCUAGGCAUGAUGGAAAGUAUUGAGGUAGGUGUUCAAUAGAAUUACUUUUUAGUUGUAGCCAAAGAGCACGAGGGAGAGACGUGUGCAUAACCUCGGAUGUCUUUUGGAUUCGGUCUAGGUUUUUUCUGGAGCAGAAUAAAGACCCUGUUCGUCGAAUACCUUUGGAGUUAUUGUUCCUUUUUGUCAAACGAGCGAGAUCUUCGGUCCAGAGCGGUGACGUGAGAGUAUGCGCGUAGGUGUGAGCAAGAGACGCAAGUUGAGCGAGAGGGUGAGAAACACUCGUCCCAAGCUCUCCCUGUUAUUCGAGAUCGAUCGACCCCUCCAUGUACAUAGCAAGUCGUCCAAAUUUCGUCGUUUUAGGCGGUUUUUUGUUCUUGUUGCAACUCAAGAGCAUUGAUUUGAAGUACCUCAAUAAAAUUAACAGGAUGGCGUUGGUCGAUGAAAUAAUACGUGUAAGCAAUUAACAAAAUAGAGCAACUACAGACAACUUCCUCGAACAUCAAAAGGCAAAGCUCCGAUUAGAAAAAGAGAAUCAAAGUCAAUGCAUCCUAUCUGAAAAUACACAAAUCUAAGGAAUAGUUAGAAGAUUGUGAAUAACAUGGCUGGUAAUUUGGGUCCGGGAGGACCCCACCUGGAUCCACGAGGUGUGACAGUACCGGGAUAAGUCACCGCCGUGAGCCAUUACCUGUCAUCUCUCCGUCGUUGCCUCGAAGAGGUGUAAUCGAAGGAGGUCAAGGUCUACUAGCUUUCCUUCUUCUGCUAUAAAAAAGCAACAGAGGUGGAAAAGCAAAAAGAACAAACUACAAGGAACCAAGAGCCACCUCUUCCUCUACUUCUACCUACUCCCCGACUAGAAGUCAGCACUAAGCUUCUCAUCUUCUAGACGCACUUGUUCCUUGCUAGAACAAACAGCUAGAUCAUACGACAAGAUGGAGGAGAAUUACAAUGACCUCGAUAGCGAGGAUGAGAGCGAACACGAGUUCGACGUGGAUCAGGGUCCGAGCGCCGGCACCAACUUGGAUCUCGCAACACAGGAAUUCUUGGACGAAACGAGAAGUACCAGGGUUUUGCAGAUGAAACCUAAUGCGAGUGGAGAAUAUGCGUUGACGGUAUGAUUUUUAGAGAUUUUCGACUGAGUACCGAAUGGUGAAGUUACUUGCUGAAGAAUGCUCCUCGGAUCAUAUACAUUUAUUUGUCGAUUGACCUGUCUAGAAGACAUAACUGAUGAAGGAGAGCGAGGACUUCUCGGAAAAAAAUUCAUUUAGGUAAUGGAUUUCGUGGAGUACUUGGGAAUCGAACUGGAAUUCGAGCCGGAGCUAACAUGGGUUGGGCGGGAAAUGUGCAACGCACCUAUGCCGCCAAAUGCGGAGAUGAUUAUUAGUAAGCAUGUUUUUUUGGUUUGUUAUUCUUGUUUCUUUUUCAUCUACAACUGUUGAUUUUUCGUAGAACUAGUCGGUAUCAAAAAUAUUACUAGAAACAUCAUGUCCAAUAAAGAUCAAUACUAGAAAAAUCACCUCUGAUGUCAAAGCUAAAAACAGCGUCUUUAACGAACCACAAAUGCACCCAACAACAAUCAACCCACGCCCACCACAGGUAAAUCCAACAUCGUGUAUUUCCACGAUUUGGAGAACGACUACUAUACCUUGGAACAUCCCUUGACGCAGAGGUAUCUCAAAGUGCUCGAACGAAGUCGAAUCGAUAUCUUAGCGCUAAGAACGAAGCCAGCUGUAUCGGGACUCUUCUUCUGCCAGCCGGACAUCUUGUUCCAUCAGCAGUUUAGGAACUUGCAAAUUCCAUGCCAGGAUUGCGGUGCGCUUUUUUUAGACGUUGUUCUUCCUAGUUUUCUUGUGAGGCGGAGUAGAAGGAGAAUCAAUGAAGCAGCGUCAAUUCGCGGUUCACAAAAUCCUAUUCACGAAAACUAGGACCUUCUAUAUCUAUUUCUAAAUAUUCUCCACCUCCUCCACCUCCCACUCCCUUCUACCAUGCAGGUGUCCUCCAAGCGACCAUCAAGUGCAACCAAUGCUUGCAGUCUUACUGUCAGGGUUGCUUUGACAACCUCCACAAAUUCGCAGUUGGCCCUAAGAAAGACCAUAGUAUCGUUUACACGGCAGUAGGGUCUUUUUGCUCGUCUUGUAACGUGAAGAAACCACAAGUCUUCUGCGGUAAUUGUGAUUAAGGCUCGAUAGGAUUCAUUUCCAAGGGUCAUUUUCUUCGGUUUCCUUCUUAGGAUUCUGAAGAAAUGAAGGCAACAAGAUGAAAUGAAUUUCUUUCAGCUCUAAUGUGAGGAUUACUUCUGCUUCACGUGCUUUGAGGCGAUGCACAAGAAGGGUUUCCGUUCUGACCAUAGAGCGAUGUUGGUGGCGGUGUCGGAUGGGGAGAUUAUCGAGCAAAGCGUCAUGUGCGAAGAAUGCGAGGACAACUUUGCGGCUUUUCAUUGUACUGAAGUCCUCCAAUGCUCAUGUUGAGUCAGAUUCAUUCAGUUGUAGUUUUUCUUGGGCGGCAUAUUAAGAACUUUAUUUGUACAACUCAUGAUGUUAAAGUCCGGAAUCUUCACGACCACUGACUCCAUAUCCUUGUCCAUCUCUCAUGACACAAUCGAAACCUCCUUCUCCCUCUACGCUAUCCUACGUUCCAGGUGACUUCUGUCGCGAUAACUUCUGCCUGCAGUGCUUCUGGAAGUGCCAUUUCAACGGUCAUCGAAGAGAACAUACGAUCACCAAAGUGAGUGUAACGCCGAUGUGCAAUCAGUGCGCCAACGUGAGAGCCACAGUCUUCGACGAACAGGAACAGGAAUUGCUGUGCACGGACUGCUUCACCUUCCUGCAUUGCAAAGGUACCGCACAACUUCCUCUUCAAGCACGAAUGAUCAGGGACCUCGACGGACAACUGUUUCAACUUCUAUGUUUCAGUUAAAAUGGUGUCCCUUGUUCCCUUUCCCGAGCAACCCUAACCCUAAACUCUCUUCAGGUAAUCGACAGCUCCAUUUAUUCUUGGACGCAUCGAAUAUACUGCUACUGCUUGAGAGGUUAGACCCCGUGGUACAGGAACACUUACGGCGUGCGCGACCGCGAGUGAUGUGGGCGAUUAUGAAAUUGCAAGGUACAUUGAGAUCCAUCCAUUAGAAUUUGAAUUGCUUCCAUCGAAUUUUUAUUUAUGCGACCAUAAUCCUGCCAUGACUUCAUCAUGAUAGUAGAGAAAUUUACUUCUAUGUAUCCCACCGAGGAUUACUCUCACACCCACAUGCACGACAGGUUGGACCCGUGGUAUCGAGACGCGUAGAGACUAUAGGAGGCGAAAGAAUUUGAUUAUGAAGGUCCAAAGAAGGUGGCGUGGUGCGAUGACCAGGCAGAAACUACUACAGAUGUUGGACCAUUACAAAUGGCGACGAAAACAAAUCCACAACUACUUCUUGCCGAAGAGUCGGUACUUUCUUAUAAUUAAUAGCUGAUUUCUAUCCAACAGAAUUAAUAUGUUGACACGAUGGAUAAAUUGGAUGUCCACAUCAGUUCAUUUUGUCAUAUCGUGUUUUUUCUGAACGGGAACGAACCCAAUGAGGACGCUUCAAGAACCUUGCCCCACGACGACGAAACAACAACAGGAUCGAGCGACAGCAAGCCAAGAGGAAGUUCCAGGUUGCAGUGGCGCAGAAGGACGUGUCAAGCAAGGCAACGAAAACAAAAUUGUCCCAGCUCAAAGACACAAUCCUGGAAACCGCUGGCGCGAAUCCUCUCGAGGAUCCGGCAAGGACGGCACAGGACGUCAACAAGACCAAGGCGUCCUUGAUAGACGACAAGAAGCCUGUCGUAAAACGCGAGAAGCCGCCUAUUUCACUACCCGUCUUCGCACCCUACGAUUCCGCAAAGUUCUUGGAUGAUAACGUACUUACUUGGCUAUGAUACUUGGCAAAGGCUAUGCUAUGAUGUUAAAUUCACUUCAGUUUCAGAUGACUGAAUGUAAUUUUUGUAUAGUAUUUCAUUCAAAGAACUGAAGCCAGCACUUAGUACAAGCAGCCAUCUCCUGUACAGAAGAUACAUGCACGCAACAGUCUAAAAGCUUUUUAAAAGCUAAAACAACAGUCUAAAAAUGUUUUCUCUCACAAGAACAUCGACUACACAUCAGCAACCCGCGGACGAGAAGACGAAGACGAAGACAGGCGACGACUUCAAUAGCCGACUAGCGCAGGAGAAGACUUUGAGGGACGAGGAGUUGACCAACAAGGAUCUGAGGAACGCGAGAGAUCUGACUAUGCGCCAGCUCCUGCGUAUCGACAACAGACCGUCAGGUGAUCCUCUCGAGAAAUACAAACCGGAGUAAGGCGGGAUCAUAGAUAUUACCUAGUAGUCGCGGGAGGUUUUCUUCUUGUUAUUUUGGUUUAGCUUGGUUUGAUCCAAAGAACUCGAUCAUGAUUUUGAUUGAGCAUACUUGUAGUCCUGUUUGACGUCGAGGUCAAAGUUAUUUUCUGCAUUGGAUCGCGAUGCAAAUUGCAAAAGCACAACAAACAGGAUUAGCAUCGCACACACAUUGUGGUGUGCUCCUAGGCUGAACUAGACGGCAACUUCAUGCAUUCGACAAAGAUUAUUUUCUUAUUUACCGUGAAAAUCAUACAGAGAUGAAGAGGCUAGUAGGGUUAGGUGUCGUCCUGCAUAGAGAUGAGAAGAAAUCAAUGCAGGACGACAGAACUUCUGGUAAGAUAGAAGAAGAUAACUCAUCUACUACAACUAUAAUUUCUUAGGUUGUGAUAACGAUAUUCAUCUACUUACAAAUAUAACAAAAACAAACUUAUAGAUACCAGCAAUAUUAUUCAGAUACCAGCACAAAUCUUGUUCACAAUGCCAGUUUAUUAUGUUCAAAUAACCACUACAAGUUUAAAUCUAUCAUCAUCUUUUGUUUCGUUCGUGUUUCGCUCUACUACUGCGUUUCCGCAGCCGCUACCUAGCUGUUGAGUGGUUAAGGUUCUUGUCUUGAUGUUUCUCUGGGAAAAUGAUAAAGCAAGCGGCUCACCAGGUGCUUGUUUGAGUACCUAGAUGUCGUGUAGUCGUAGUCAGUGUAUCCUAGAAGUUUCUGAGUUGUUCUUCAACUACAUUCGUAGGCUCGCAUGAUGGCAUAACACUAUCACUAUUCUCCUGCAUAAGUAGGCUUGUCCUACUACAACUGAAGAACGAGGGGACGAGCGACACUCACACUGUCGUCGUAGUGCCUGCCGCUACUAUUACUACCACCAUUUUUGACUUCUAGCUACCCAUCUUAAUCUUAAUAUACUGUUUCCGCAUGAUAUCAGAGGGGAAGAUGAUAAUGGUUUUCCCUGCUCGUUCUCAGAAAUGCACAGAAUUUUAGGUCUUUCUUUUUACGGAUAAGAAAGCACUGAUAGAUAAAUGAACCUUACGGCGCUGGUCGUGACGAGUUGCUAGUAGAGCACCGUUGUAUAACACUCAGGACGAAAUGACUAUGACGAGAAGCAAUUUACUACUAGAUUUACAUUUACUCAGAUAACACUACUUGAUGCAUUAGAUGAUGACCAACGAAAAUGAUGAACUAAAACCUUACGUCGUUGUGUCAACAUCAAGUAGGGGAAAUUAUAUUGCACAGAAGAUUGGAGUGCAUGUAAUUUGGACAGAAGAUAAUUUUUGUUAGGAAUCAGCAUGAUCAUCUACCAGUCUCUAUAUUCUCGAAUUAUACUAUCAAAACAUGAUGAUGUUGAAGUGGGUGUCUUUGAUACUAGCAGAAUUUGCUAUAUGAGCUCAGUGAGUGAGAAAAUGUCCGUGCAUGCAAAGAUUUAAGAAAAGAAGG